GGAGAUACUACGUCCUGACCGACGCCAGUCAACAUCGGUCGAUCAACGGACGCGCAACUCGUACGCGGAGAGAGAAAACGAGUCGUUUUUCAAAUUCGCACUUCUCUUCGCGCCUUCAGAAAGUCACAGAGUACUUACCAGACCACUGAUUUCUACGUCCCGCUUGAAACGGGAGAAGGAAAAGAGCAGAGGAACCAGUCCUAUGCUACCGGGCCUUUAAGUACUUGUAAUCGUGAGAUAUAAAUGGAGCUACCGGAAUGGAUCAUGAUAAUAUACGAUCUCCUGCUGUUUACGGGUAUGGCAUUAAUUUACAUAAUCGAGGCCAUCGUUCUGACGUUCGUUCCACGACGUUUUCGCUCGAAAUCGGUAAACGGGGAAGUCGCGCUGGUAACAGGAGGCGCGGGAGGAAUCGGGCGACUGAUUGCCAUCAAGCUAGCGAAACUCGGAGCGCGUGUUGUUAUCUGGGAUAUCAACAAAAUUGGAUUAGAAGAUACGGUUCGAGAGAUCAACCAAGCGGGAGGAAAAUGUUGGAGUUACUAUUGCGACAUCACCAACAGAGAAGAAAUCUAUAGAAUGGUAAAAACUGUCCAGAUCGAAGUCGGCCCGGUAACGUUGCUAAUAAAUAACGCAGGAUACGUUUGCGGAAAAACGCUUUGGAACUUACCGGACGAUGAGAUCGAGCGCACUUACAAAGUGAACAUCCUUUCCCAUUACUGGAUCACUAAAGCAUUCAUUAAAGACAUGAUGAAAAAUAAUCACGGUCACAUAGUGACCGUGGCAAGCGUCGCAGGACUUCUGGGCACUUACAAUUGUACAGAUUACUCGGCAACCAAAUCCGCGGCCAUCGGCUAUCACGAAAGUCUCUUUAUUGAACUUAAAACUCAUGGUUACGAUGGAAUUUAUACUACUUUAGUCUGUCCUUACCUUAUUAAUACAGGGAUGUUUCAUGGAGUAAAACCUAGAUUGUUGCCGAUGUUGGACCCUGAGUAUGUUGCACAGGAAAUUAUUUCCGGAAUAUUAGUGAAUCAAGCGGUUGUAGUAAUGCCCGGAUCGUUUAGAUACCUCUUACCGUUUAAAUACGUGUUACCAGCAAAGAUGUGUUGGGCGUUGAUGUACCAUAUCAUACGCGGACCUCAAUCUAUGAUGAUGUUCCAAGGAAGGAAGGAAAAGGAAACGUUGAAGAACAAUAAUAAUGCCACGAUGAUGUCUACAGAAUCUUAUCAGCAUUGAUUUUGUAGAGAAUUUCUCGAGUGAAAUAAUUUACGACCCCUCAUAGUACAAGAGAUGAUUAUUGCGUUUACUACGUAAGUAUUAUUAGAAGCGGUUUCUUAAAAAUAUACAAUAAGAAAUCUGUUCACUAAUUUUAAGACUGAAUAUUUAUUUGCACGUGUAUACGGUUCUUUAUUGUUCAAGUAAUAAAUACAUUUGAAAUGUAUGUAAAAAGAAUUACAAUAAAUCAUAAAAAUAA